CUGAACUCAUUCGAGCAGCUCUGCAUCAACUACACCAACGAGAAGCUGCAGCAGCUCUUCAACCACACCAUGUUCAUCCUGGAGCAAGAGGAGUACCAGAGGGAGGGCAUCGAGUGGAGCUUCAUCGACUUCGGCCUCGACCUGCAGCCCUGCAUCGACCUCAUUGAAAAACCAGCCAGUCCCCCUGGUAUUCUGGCUCUGCUGGAUGAGGAGUGCUGGUUUCCCAAGGCCACCGACAAGAGCUUUGUGGAGAAAGUUCUGCAGGAGCAGGGCACGCACCCCAAGUUCCUCAAACCCAAGAAACUGAAGGAUGAGGCUGACUUCUGUGUCAUCCAUUAUGCCGGCAAGGUGGACUACAAGGCAGGUGAAUGGCUGAUGAAGAACAUGGACCCCUUGAAUGACAACGUGGCCUCACUGCUCAACCAGUCCACUGACAAGUUUGUCUCUGAGCUGUGGAAGGACGUGGACCGCAUCGUCGGUCUGGAUAAGGUGUCCGAGAUGCCCGGUGCCUUCAAGACCCGCAAGGGCAUGUUCCGCACGGUGGGCCAGCUGUACAAGGAGCAGCUGUCCAAGCUCAUGGCCACUCUGAGGAACACAAACCCAAACUUUGUCCGCUGCAUCAUCCCCAACCACGAGAAAAAGGCUGGUAAACUGGACCCUCACCUGGUUCUGGACCAGCUGAGAUGUAACGGUGUCCUGGAGGGGAUCCGUAUCUGCAGACAGGGCUUCCCCAACCGCAUCGUCUUCCAGGAGUUCAGACAGAGGUAUGAAAUCCUCACUCCGAACGCCAUCCCCAAGGGCUUCAUGGAUGGAAAACAGGCCUGUGUGCUCAUGAUUAAAAGCCUGGAGCUGGAUCCCAACCUGUACCGCAUCGGCCAGAGCAAAGUCUUCUUCAGAGCCGGUGUCCUCGCUCACUUGGAGGAGGAGAGAGACAUGAAGAUCACAGACAUCAUCAUCAGUUUCCAGGCCUGGUGCCGAGGCUACGUGGCCCGAAAGGCUUUUGCCAGGAGACAGCAGCAACUGACUGCAAUGAAGGUGAUCCAAAGAAACUGCGCCGCUUAUCUCAAACUCAGGAACUGGCAGUGGUGGAGGCUCUUCACCAAGGUGAAGCCUCUGCUGCAGGUCAGCAGGCAGGAGGAAGAGAUGCAGGCCAAGGAUGACGAGCUCAGUAAAGCUAAGGAGAAACACGUGUAUGCUCAGCAGCAGCUUUUGGAGAUGGAGGAGAAACAACAGCAGCUGAGUGCUGAGAAGAUGGCCCUGCAGGAGCAGCUUCAAGCGGAAACAGAGCUCUGUGCCGAGGCGGAGGAGAUGAGAGCCCGUCUCGCUGCCAGGAAGCAGGAGCUGGAGGAGAUCCUCCAUGACCUGGAGGCCCGAGUGGAGGAGGAGGAAGAGCGAGCGUCUCACCUGACAUCAGAGAAAAAGAAGAUGCAGCAGAAUAUCUCAGACCUGGAGCAGCAGCUGGAUGAGGAGGAGGCGGCCAGACAGAAGCUGCAGCUGGAAAAGGUCACCUUGGAGGCAAAGAUGAAAAAGAUAGAGGAUGAGGUUAUGGUUCUAGACGACCAGAACAACAAACUAAACAAGGAGAAGAAGUUGAUGGAGGAGAGAAUCUCUGAAUUCACCACCAAUCUGGCUGAGGAGGAGGAGAAAUCCAAGAGUCUGCAGAAACUCAAGACCAAGCACGAGGCCAUGAUAACAGACCUGGAGGACCGCCUGCGCAGGGAGGAGAAGCAGCGUCAGGAGCUGGAAAAGAAUCGACGCAAACUGGACGGUGACUUCACCGAGGUUCAAGACCAGAUUUCAGAGCUGCAGGCCCAGAUUGCUGAGCUCCGUGCCCAACUGGCCAAGAAGGAGGAAGAGCUCCAGGCAGCUCUGGCCAGGAUUGAGGAGGAGGCGGCACAGAAGAACCUGGCCCAGAAAAAGAUUCGCGAAUUGGAGGCUCAGCUCUCUGAGCUGCAGGAGGAUUUGGAGCUGGAGAGGCAGGCCCGCACCAAGGCAGAGAAACACCGCCGGGACCUGGGAGAAGAGCUCGAGGCCCUCAAGACCGAGCUGGAGGACACUCUGGACUCCACUGCAGCCCAGCAAGAACUGAGGACCAAACGUGAAACGGAGGUUGCACAUCUUAAAAAGACUCUGGAUGAAGAGGCCAGGGUCCACGAACAGCAGCUGUCUGAGAUGAGACAGAAACACGGUCAGGCCUUCGAUGAGCUCAAUGAGCAGCUGGAGCAGGCGAAGAGGAACAAAGUCUCAAUGGAGAAGGCCAAGCAGGCUCUGGAGUCGGAGAGGAACGAGCUGGUGAUCGAGAUGCAGACGCUGAUGCAGGGUAAAGGAGAUUCUGAGCAUCGCAGGAAGAAGGCGGAGUCCCAGGUCCAGGAGCUGCUGCUCAAACAUUCCGAGAGCGAGCGCCAGAGGGUGGAGCUGGUUGAGAAACUGUCAAAAACUCAGACUGAGUUGGAAAAUGUAACCUGCGUACUGAGCGAUCUGGAGGGAAAAUCCAUCAAAGCAAGCAAAGACUGCUCCGCUGUGGAGUCCCAGCUGCAGGACGUUCAGGAACUGCUCCAGGAAGAAACCCGCCAGAAACUGUCACAUGGCACACGCAUGCGCCAGCUAGAGGAUGAACAGAACAACCUGAAAGAACAGCUGGAGGAGGAAGAGGCCGCCAAGAAGAACUUGGAGAAGCAGCUGCAGAUUGUGCAGGCUCAGCUGGUUGAAAUGAAGAAGAGGGUGGAGCAGGACGCAGGGUGUCUGGAGACGGCCGAGGAGGGAAAGAAGAGGCUGCAAAGGGACCUGGAAGCAACAAACCAGCGCCUGGAGGAGAAAUGUGCUGCCUUCGAUAAGAUGGACAAAACCAAGACGCGUCUCCAGCAAGAGCUGGACGACCUGCUCGUAGACCAAGACCACCUCCGACAGAUCGUCUCCAACCUGGAGAAGAAGCAGAAGAAGUUUGACCAGAUGCUGGCGGAGGAGAAGAACAUCUCCGCCCGCUACGCAGAGGAGCGUGACCGAGCUGAGGCUGAGGCCCGCGAGAAGGAGACCCGGGCGCUGGCGUUGACUCGUGAGCUGGAUUCUCUGAUGGACACGAAGGAAGAACUGGACCGCAACAACAAACUGCUGCGUGCUGAAAUGGAGGACCUGGUAUCUUCUAAGGAUGACGUCGGCAAGAGUGUCCACGAACUGGAGAAAUCCAAACGUGCCAUGGACCAGCAGCUGGAGGAGAUGAAGACUCAGCUGGAGGAGCUGGAGGACGAGCUGCAGGCCACAGAGGACGCCAAGCUGCGUCUGGAGGUCAACAUGCAGGCCUUGAAGGCCCAGUAUGAGAGAGACCUGGCAGGGCGAGACGAGAUGGGCGAGGAGAAGAAGAGAGCUCUGGUCAAACAGGUGCGUGAGAUGGAGAUGGAGCUGGAGGACGAGCGGAAGCAGCGUUCUGCUGCCGUGGCCUCUCGCAAAAAGCUGGAGCUGGACCUGAAGGAGCUCGAGGCAGGAAUCGACAUGGCCAACAAGAACCGCGACGAGGCCCUGAAGCAGCUGAAGAAACUCCAAGCCCAGAUGAAGGAUCUUGUCCGAGAACUGGAGGACACUCGCAUGUCCCGGGAGGAGAUCCUCGCCCAGAGCAAGGAGACCGAGAAGAAGCUGAAGGGCAUGGAGGCAGACAUGAUCCAGAUGCAGGAGGAGUUGGCAUCUGCAGAGCGAGUGAAGAGACAGGCCCAGCAGGAGAGAGAUGAGCUGCAGGAUGAGAUUAACAACCAGGCCAACAAGAAUGCUCAGGUUGCAGAGGAGAGGAGACGGCUGGAGGCUCGUAUCGCUCAGCUGGAGGAGGAGCUGGAGGAGGAGCAAUGCAACACUGAGCUGACCAACGACAGGCUGAAGAAAGCUUUGCUGCAGACGGAUCAGAUGAAUGUGGAGCUGACCGCAGAGCGCAGCAGCUCUCAGCGCGUGGAAGGUGCCCGCUCUCAGCUGGAGCGUCAGAACAAGGAGCUGAAACUGAAGCUGCAGGAGCUCGAGGGAACCGUCAAGUCCAAGUACAAGGCCAACAUGGCCGCCCUGGAGGCAAAGAUCGUUCAGCUGGAGGAACAGCUGGACAUGGAGACCAGGGAGAGACAGGGUGCCACCAAACUUGUGAGACGCACGGAGAAGAAACUGAAGGAAGUCAUCCUGCAGGUGGACGACGAGAGACGCAACACAGAGCAGCACAAGGACCAGGUGGACAAGUUGAACUCUCGCAUGAAGCAGCUGAAGCGUCAGUUGGAGGAGGCUGAGGAGGAGGCUCAGAGAGCCAACGCCAACCGAAGGAAACUGCAGCGGGAGCUGGAGGACGCCACAGAGUCGACGGACGCCAUGAACCGUGAAGUCACCACCCUCAAGAACAAGCUCAGGCGUGUCGAUCUCCCCUUCAUCGGGCGCCGCACCGUUACCCGCACUGGCAUCGAGAGUGACGAGGAGAGCGAGCCCAAGACCGAGACGCCCGAGCCCAAACCCGAAUGAACGGCCGUCGCUCUACUUCUUUAGAACUGCAUCGUAAAUAGACAGACCCAAAUACUCAUGAGCAAACCUUACUGUACCUGCCGAACAGAACAGAGAGGAGCACACACACACACACACGAUAAUGUGACAGUCUGAUCUCUUUACCAUCGACAAUCUAUGCAUUCUUAACACAGACGCCAGUUAACUCGGACAAUCACAUGCUGACAAACACACGUUAUUUUUGGGCCAAAUUUUUCUUUUUUGCUUCCUGUUUCAUUCUCUGGGAAAAACAAAAAAAAAAGAAAAAGAUAUUUUUAUAAGGAAACAUUCCAGUUGUAAUAGUCCUGAUCACGGAUCUAUUUUUCUAAUUGAAGAAAGAGAAAACAAAGAAGUAUACAUGAAUGAAGACCGAUUACUGGAAGGGGACCAAAGUAAUAUCUCGAACUAUAGAAUUGUAUUUUAUGCAGAAGUUUUUAUAAUGGUUAAGAAUGGAAGUGCUUCAUGUUUAUUACACUCGCGCUCUCGCCUCAGUUUAUAAUGAAGGUUUAUAUGCUGAAAUGUAUUCUAUCAAUUUAGCAGCAGUUAGCACUUGAGACUACGCUUUUGGGCUUAAUCAUUUGAUACGUACAUUUCAUGUGGAAAAUGAAAUUUGAGGCUGAUUUCGGGUAAUAAUUAGAAACUCAUUGACGUCAAAGUGAAGGCAUUUGAUUGUGACUGUGCUGAAAUAUCUUUAAUUUUGCACUGACAUGGAGGAAAAAAAAAAAAAAAAACAGAAACACUUUAGCCUCGACAUCAUAAACCACUGCGUUUGUGUGUUUGAUUGAAACGGUGACGGAGAAGUUUUUCGGAAAGACCGUGUACGUGCUCGUGUAGCGGGCGCACACGCUGCCAACACACACUAAAGCCUUAAAAACAGCAGGAUUUCUACUGGGUGCGGUUGUUGGCUUCUAUCUGGACAUGCUUUGAUUUUUAUGUUUAUCACUAUCAGUGUUUUCGUUAAUGUUCAGGGUAACGUUUAAUUGGGUGGUGGGGUAGUUAAAUACUCACAGCACACAAUGUAUACUCGGGGCACAGCCUCUUGAGGUGGGGGGGGGGGUUAGCUGAGGAUUUUACAAAACCAAAGGCAGAUUCAAGACGUAGGAGUGUACUUUGUUACUCUAGUCCAUGUACACUUUACUCCGACUGGCCGGUGGUUCAUGGGACACAAACCCCACACAGCUCGUGCCCCGGGGGCGGCUUUUGGCUCACACUGCUGGGAAGUGAGAGGAAUCUGUUGCUGAAGAGUAACGGUUCACAGUUAGAAGGAUCACACAUCUUUUCGAACUUAAAGACAAAGAACAUCUUGACAAAAAUAAAAGGAAAAAAAAAACUGCAUCUUCUCAAUUAUGUUGUAACGUUGGUCUGACUGCACCUCUGAAAUGGAAAACAUGUGACAUGUUGGUAUUAUUGCAAUUAAAGAGGCUUUCUAAACUGCU